CUCGUUAGGAUGGCGGUGGAGCGGCCGUCUCUGUCCGUGUACAAGUUAUAGAUGAAAGCUGGACCUGUGGCGAGUAAAAGUGACUCCGAAUCGAUCACCAGCUUCCUUGUCAAAGUCAUGCGCCUGUUGAUCCGUCUCUUAGCUGCGCUGAUUUUAUGCGGGAAUAAUGGGAAAGCUUCAGGAGAGUUCACUCCGACCGGACAGCCUCUGCAUAUCAAUGACGGCAACUUUUCAAACCGGGAUCACAUGAGACAAGAGCCCUUUCAGCACCACCAACAAGUGCUCGAUGCUGUGUCAGACUCUGCUUUUAACCUCAAGGUCCAGGUGAACAAUGUGCUAAGUCGCCAGUACCUGAGCCAGGCGGUGGUGGAGGUCUACAUCAACUACACUAGAAUCAGCACAGCUCUCACUGUAGAGGAUGGCAGUGUUUUGCUUCAUGUACCUUACCAAACAGCGAUGCCAAUCGCAAUUGUGGCCCGCAAGGAUGGUUACCUUUGCACACUGCUGCCUUUUAAAACCAACAGAAUGCCAAUAUUUUCAUCUGUGACCAUGUCACUACUCGCUCUGACUCAGGGGAACAUCUGGCUCUUUGAUGACUCCGUCCUGAUCACUGGCAAAACAUCUGAUGCUUCGUCUCAGCCGGUUGUCCAGUUUCCCAAGAGCCUGCUGAAUCUGACUGACAGUAGUAAUGUCACCUCCGUUAAAGCCUACCUGACCAUUCCUAAGCUGCAGUCAGAGGAGGGCAGCUUUCUUCACACGUUGGGCAUCAUGAGCAGUAAAUCAGGGUACGUCAGAGUAGAGUUGAGUCCGGUGGCAGCUGUCAGUGUGCAGCUCUUCUCAGGAGACACAGAGUUACAUGUGAGCGGGCCCAUACAGAUCAGCCUCAGUAUUCCUGACGGCCGUGAACUUCAGUCUUCAAAUGUCCCUGCGUGGUUCUUCAACCGGACCACUGGUGGAUGGAUGAGAAAAGGACUGGGAACGGUGGUGUCAGUAGAAGGAAAACACGUGUGGACAUUCACAGCUCCUCACCUUGGUUACUGGAUUGCAGCACCUUUGUCAUCCACCAGAGGUUUCUUUGGACUUGCCAUCCCCAUGGACUUCAUCUUGCACCAUUCAUCUCUCCUGAUGGUUAUCCUCGGAGGAAUGCUUGUUAUUGUCAUCUGUCUUCUGGUUAGGUUAUGGUUUUAUCGCAGAAGUUCAACCAGUGAAACUAAAAUAAAGAAGAUCCCACCAACGAUGAGAAAAGACCAAACCACCUCCACAAGUGAAGAUGAAGUCUUUGAAUUAUCUUCAGCAGACUUCUCUCAUCCACAGGAUGGAGUGAACCAAUCAUUUGGAGAAAAGGGGGAUAAUCGCCACAAUGCCUCUGUUAUUUCUAUGCACAAUGGCAAUGUAAUAACUAAUCCCAAUGCUGUGGCCAUUACGGUGGAGGGUAACGAACUGGAGCUUAACACUGACCUGAAUGAUCUGAUGUGUUUGCAUGAAACUGCAGGUCAGAUCAGAGUACCAGCCUCUUUGACAGAUAAUUUGUUUUUCUACAACCAGCCUGUUGCCAUCCUUCACGCUCCAGCAUUCUUCCAUUCGGAGGAGCAGCCAGAGCAGCCCCAGUGGAGCAAGUCGGCCACUCUUCCCCGCAUGGGGGCUGCUGCUGAGCCGCUGAGUAAAGACAGCUUCACCCAGACUCUGCCAAAAGAUCCCUCUGCCACCCAGAACCAGACAAUGGAAACUGAGGAGCAGCUCGGGGUUCUAGAGAGCUCUGAGGCAGCAACUUCUGCCAACACACCCAGGAGUCACUUCAGCCUCCCAGAGUCAGUGUCGGUCCCUGGGACAUUAAAUAAGAUAAGGGGCAGCGGACACUCAACUCAGCCACCUCGGGCCUGGUUUGUAUCACUGGAGGGCAAACCUGCAGCUGAGAUCCAUUAUGCAGUGUCAGAGCAGCAGAGAAGGCGAAGGCCAGUCGAGAGUCGAGACACCAGCUUAGACUCCGGAGUGGAUAUGAGUGAACUGAACCAGACGUCUGGAAGAAGGGCUGUAACACUGGAGCGUAAUGCUACUUUUGUUAAAAACACAUCCAGCACUAAACAUGAACCUCCACAAUAAAAACUCUCAACCCCUCCAUGCCCAC